AGCCCUUGGGCGGUCGAAGAGACUGGGCGCCACGGAGCAGGGGGCGGUGCUCGUAGGGGAGGCUCUAGCUGCGCAGAAGCCCGCGGCGGGAGGGAGGCUCGGGCAUGGCGGGCUGCAGGACCCGAGCCCUGCCCCGCGGGGAGGCAGCUAAGUCCCGGCGAGAAUCUGAGCGCAUCGCCGGCGCUCCGGCACUGCUGGGGAAGCCGGCGCACCCUCCACAGGGCCGGCCGGCUGGCCGCUCCGAGUGCGGGCCGCCAAGCCCACGCCCACCCGGAACUCGCGCUGGCCCGCGAGCACCCGCGCGCAGCCCGGGUUCCCUCCCGCGCCUCUCCGUCUACACCUCCCGGCAAGUAGAGGGAGCCGGCUCUGGCUUCCGCCAGCCCAGUGAGGGGCUCCCACAGUGCAGCGGCGGGCUGAAGGCCUCCUCAAGCGUGGCCGGAGUGGGCACCGAGGCCGAGGAGGCACUGAGAGCAAGGGCUGCCAGCACGCUGUCACCUCUCACUUUCAUGGGUCUCCAUAUUUUAAAAAGCUAAAGAAAGGACUUCAAUUACGUCUCCAGGAGAAAUCAAGAGAAGAGUCCAAGUUUUAAGUCUGGAUCAAUACAAUAUUGGAAAAAGCCAUGUGAAGAAGGAUGUGUUUGCUUCCCCUUUCGCCAUGAUUUUAAGUUUCCUGAGGCCUCCCCAGCCAUGCAGAACUGUAAGUCAAUUAAACCUCUUUUCUUUAUAAAUGACCUUGUCUUGAGUAGGUCCUUCUAGCAGUGUGAGAAUGGAUUAAUACAGUAAAUUGGUACUGCAGGGAGUGGGGUGCUGCUAUGAGGAUACCCAAAAAUGUGGAAGUGACUUUGGAGCUGGGUAACAGGCAGAUGUUGGAACAGUCUGGAGGGCUCAGAAGAAGAUAGGAAAAUGUGGGAAAAUUUGGAACUUCCUAGAGAUUUGGAGGGCUCAGAAGACAGGAAGAUGUGGGAAAGUUUGGAACAAAUGGCUUUGACUAAAAUGCUGAUAGCGAUAUGGACAAUGAAGUCCAGACUAAGUUGGUCUCAGAUGGAGAUGAGGAACUUGUUAGGAACUGGAAUAAGGGUUAUUUUUACUAUGCUUUACCAAAGAGACUGGCAGCAUUUUGCCCCUGCCCUGUAGAACUGUGGAAUGUUGAACUUCAAAGAGAUGAUUUAAGGUAUCUGGUGGGAGAUAUUUCUAAGUGCAAAGUAUUCAACAGGAAGCAGAGCAUAAAAGUUUGAAAAUUUUGCAGGCUGACAUUGUAAUAGAAAAAAAAACCCAUUUUCUGGGGAGAGAUUCAAGCUGGCUGCAGAAAUUUGUAUAAGUAAGGAGGAGCCCAAAGUUAAUCACCAAGACAAUGGGGAAAAUGUCUCCCUUCCUAGAUUUCACAGGAUGUAUGGAAAUGCCUGGAUGUCCAGGCAGAAGUUUGCUGCAGGGGCAGGGCCCUCAUGGAGCACCUCUGCCAGGGCAGUGAGAAAGGGAAAUGUGGGGCUGGAGCUCCCACAUAGAGUCCCCAGUGGGGCACUGCCUAGUGGAGCUUUGAGAAGAGGGCCACUAUCUUUCAGACCCCAGAAUGGUAGCUACGAUAACAGCUUGCACUGUGCACCUGGAAAAGCCACAGACACUCAAUGCCAACUCAUGAAAGCAACUGGGAGGGAGGCUGUACUCUGCAAAGCCACAGGGGUGAAGCUGCCCAAGCCCGUGGAAGCCCACCUCUUACAUCAGUGUGACCUGGGUGAGACAUGGAGUCAAAGGAGUUCAUUUCAGAGCUUUAAGAUUUAAUUACUGGAUCACUGGAUUUUGAACUCACAUGGGGCCUGCAGCCCUUGUUUUGGCCAACUUCUUCCAUUUCAAUGGGUGUAUUUACCCAAUGCCUGUACCCUCAUUGUAUUUGGGAAGUAACUAAGUUGCUUUUGAUUUUACAGGCUCACAGAAGAGACUUGCCUUGUCUCAAAUCAGACUGUGGACUUGGACUUUUGGGUUAAUGCUGGAAUGAGUUAAGACUUUGGGGGACUGUUGGAAACACAUGUUUGUGUUUUGACAUGUGAAAAUAUGAUAUUUGGGAGGGGCCUGGGUGGAGUGAUAUAAUUUGACUGUGUCUCCACCCAAAUCUCUUCUUGAAUUGUAGUUAUCAUAAUCCUCACAUGUGGUGGGAGGGACCCGGUGCAAGGUAAUUGAAUCAUAGGUGCAAUUUCCCUCAUACUAUUUUCGUGAUAGUGAGUAAGUUUUCACCAGAUAUGAUGGUUUUAUAAGGGGUUUCCCCGUUUGCUAGGCUCUCAUUCUUCUCUCUUCUGCUGCCAUAUGAAGACGGAUGUGUUUGCUUUCCCUUCCAUCAUAAUUGUAAGUUUCCUGAGGCCUUCUUAGCAAUGCAGAACUGUGAGUCAAUUAAACCUCUUUCCUUUAUAAAUUACCUAGUCUCAGGUAUGCCCUUAUAGCAGCAUGAGAACAGACUAAUACAGAUAUAUAUGGUGCAGAAACUAAAUCUAAAAAAAAUAGUUUUAAUUAACUACUGGAAGUAAAAAUAAUGCAGAAGAAAUAUGUACGAAUAAAGUGAAAAGACUAAUAUCAUAGGUCACAGUGACACCGUGGGUACAACACAGGUCACAGUGACAACAUGGGUACAAUGUAGGUCCCAGUGACAACAUGGGUACUUUGUUCUGUGGAGAGUUAACUGGUAAUAAGACCAGUGUCAUUUUCAGGAGGAAGAAAGGAAUCUUAAAUUGCUUCAAACUUAGAAAAACAAAGACCUAAAUAAGUAUAUUAGAAAAUUUAAGAGUAACCCCUACUUUUCUCCAGUGGAAGGGCACAGGGAAAGGAAGUAUCUUAAAGUUCAUUAAUCUAGCAAAUUGCGGCACAAGAGAAAAAUAUGAUGAUAGAAAUAAAAAGGUAGUUUACCACAUGAUACCUGCUGAUUCCACUUGUGGCAGCUUCAGUCCUUCCCAGUUUUAUAAGAUCAGGUGAUUCCACAUAGCAUUAUGUUCUUAACCUGGUAGUUCUUCCUGACUUCAGUUCCUGGCUAGGGAAUGCUCUGGCAUCUCCCUAUAGUCCUACUAAGGGAUUCACUGUCAGUUUUCACCUCUCAAAUGAAUAUGAAAUUAAGACUAGAGAACUUGGUGGAAGCCUUAUAUUGGUCUUCAUCCACAUUUUUUUUACCAUCUUCCACCUCUCUCACUGGGAUAUGCAAUCAAGUUCCCAGGAAAGCUAAUCCAAUUUACAUCCCUUAGGGGACACAUGUUUUGAACCCCAAAUCAUAUCACAUGAUCUGUUGAGUGCUGAUUUCUAUAUGGGACUAUGAGAUCAAGUAUUUGUAGUAGAGGUGAGCACAGAUCACUACUUAGACAUAUGGUCAUUAU